UGCCGGGCGGGCGGACGGGGUAGGGCCUACUACCUGAGCUCAGCUCCGCAGAGGUUGGUGGCUGGGGCGUCCGGCGCUUCUGCCGCGGUGCGUGGGCGAGCCGCCCGCCCAGGUGUCGGCGGGAGAGGCUUGGAGCCCGCUCAGCAGGGACCCGCUUGUCCGACCCGCGCAUUUUGCCAGAAUCUACCGAGGGAAUUAAUCUGAUAGCACAUACUGAUGGCUGUAGAGAAGUCAUCACUCUCACUGGAUUCCAGUGAGAGUGAGUCUGAGGAGUUGCCAACAUUUGCCUUUCUGAAGAAGGAACCGUCUUCAACAAAGAGGAGGCAGCCUCAGAAGGAGGAGAAGAUUGUAGUGGUUGACACCUCAGAUUCUGAGGCCUCCUGUCCUCCAUCACCAAAACUGAGAGAUCCACCGCCUGUUCCAGAGACAGCUGAAACUGUCACACAAACAGAGCCAGUCAGGGCGCUAAGCAGUGGAAGUGAGGAUGAGGAAGAAUUUGCUCCCCUGGCUGAGAGACUUACUUGUAAGUUUUUGACCCACAAGCAGCUGAGCCCUGAGGACUCCAGCUCCCCAGUUAAAAGGGUUUUAGAUCAUCGGAAUAAUGAAGGAGCGUCACGCGACUGGCAAAACCAGCCCUUUACAAAGAUCCGUGCUGUUCCUCUCUGUGACACCUCAGAGAGGCGUGCAUCGAAUAACAAGGACCCUGUGGUAGCCAGUCCAUGCCAUCAGCUGCCAGCCUACCAAACUCCCUGCUCUGUCCAGAGCAACAGCGUGACAGUAACUAAAACGAAUGCUGAGGUGCCCCCACCUCAGAAGAGAAAGAAGCAUAAUCAGAAGGUCCAGAAGAGAGGCUCACAGGGAUGCCAGCAGCGGGGACAAGCAAGCCAAAAGGAAAGCACCCAGAGGCAACAGGAAAGGAAGAAGAAGGCAGCCCUGGUUCACAGGCUGAAAGCUCAGAGGCCAGAGGAGUGCUUAAAGCAUAUCGUUCUGCUGCUGGAUCCAGUGCUCUUACAGAUGGAAGGUGGGGGCCAGCUCCUCGGAGCACUACAGUCCAUGGGGUGCUGCUGUGUGAUUGAGGCGCCGGCCGUGCCUUGCAGCAUCACGUGGAGGAGAAGGGCUGGGUCCACUGAGGACGGACAGGAGGGCUGGGUGGAGGAGCCGAUGGUUCUGGUGCUGCUCCCGGCGGAAGCGUUUGUGUCCAUGAUCUACAACUUCAAGCAGGGGAGUCUGGGCAGCACCGAGGAAGGGAAGGAAACGCUUCGGAGCUUUGUAACUGACAUCACAGCAAGGACAGCUGGGAAAGCUCUGUCACUGGUGAUUGUGGAUCCGGGGAAAUGCUUCAGUGCUCCGAAUGCUCCAAGGAGAAGGAAACGGGGAGUGGCAAAUGGAGAACAGGCCAAGGAGAAGGAGAAGCAGAGACAACCGGAGGCCAACACAGCGGCUGUGGUGACCAGGGUAGACAUGGAGGAGGCAUUGGUAGAUCUGCAGCUGCACACAGAAGCCCAGGCCCGAAUUGUGCAGAGCUGGCAAGAGCUGGCCGACUUGGCGUGCGCGUUCACGAAGGCUGUGGCUGAGGCGCCCUUCAAGAAGCUCCGAGAUCAAGCUAGUUUCUCCUUCUGCCUGGAGAGCGACUGGGCUGGAGGGGCAAAGGUGGACCGCUCUGGCAGGGGGCUUGCGGUGGUCUGGAGGAGACAGAUUCAGCAGCUGAACCGAGUCAGCCUGGAAAUGGCCAGUGCCGUUGUGGACGCCUACCCCUCCCCACAGCUCCUGAUCCAGGCUUAUAAGCGGUGUUUUUCUGAGCAAGAACGCCAGAAUUUGCUUGCAGACAUACAGGUGCGCCGUGGGGAAGGUGUGACAGCCACCUCCCGCCGCCUUGGACCAGAGCUCUCCAGGCGUAUCUACCUUCAGAUGACAGCUUUGCAGCCAGAUCUCUCUUUAGACAGUGCAGACUGAUGCCAGCCCUCAGGGACAGGGAUGAAGAGCUGAUUUCCACCCCAGCCCCCCGACCUCAGAGCAUGACUACAGUGCAGCGAUUAGAAGCGCCUCCUGCAGCACAGCCUGGGUCCUGCCCACAACACGCUCUCCUGGGCGUCGCUGUUUGUGAUAGUGUCCCCACCUGUCAACGUGGGGCAGAGGCUGAGACGCUCACAUUUGCCUUCCUCUCCCAGCAAGUCAACUGCCACGUACAAACCACCGCGACCCCGGCCCCAGCCAGCCCUCAAAAUACAAAGGAACAAAGACAGACCACUCAGACAUCAAUUUAAUAAUUGCAAAAAUCCAAAAGAACCUCGGCAUCAAAUCUUGAGGUCACAAGUGCACUGCCCUCGGCAGGCUGCUUGACAAGGCCGGAUGUGCUCCCGCCUUCCUCCCAUCCACUGAAGCUGCCUCAAGCCGCCAAGGAAUGGGGGGAGGUCUGAUCACUAUGCUGACUUCUGUAUUCUCUUAAUCUCGUUUUAUGUACUAUGUGUUUAGUUUCAAUAAAGCAUUUGUACCAAUGGCUCUGGAGCUUGGAG